AAUGGCAGUGUCUACUCAAGAUCUGGUUUCGUUUCCUAUUGUUUGCGAUGGAUAUCCAUACCUGAUUUUCGAUUUGGCAGGUGCUGAUGACGUGCAACAAUUGACCGAAUUCAUCAUGAAAGAGUUCUUUCAUAGAUUCCCCUUAAAAGACAAUUGGGACGUUGAGAAAGAACUACGACCUUGGAUAGGGCAGUACAUCAGUCACGUGUGCUCCAAGGGUGUUUCCAUUAUUCUUCGUGAUACCAGUAACAAUAACAGAAUAGCAGCCGCAGCUAUAAACGACAUUGAUUACAAGAAUCGAUCAGAAGAUGAUAUCAGUUUAGUAUCAUUUACUGAUCCUAUCGAGCGGCCUGGGUGGCAAAACGUCUGUGAUCUACUUGAAAUGCUUCACGAAGCGAUGAACUUGGAUGACGAUCCAGUCCUGUCUAUCGACCUGAUGACCGUGGGUGAGGACUACGCCAAACGUGGGCUAUCGACCCAGUGCACCAAACUGACUGUUAUGCUGGCCAAAUCCAAAGGAUUGCAAUCGAUUAAAGUCGAAGCUGUCAACGAAUUUAUGGCUCACGUACUUGCCAAGAUCGGCUUUCAAAUGGUAAAGGAAAUCGACUAUAACCGGUUGGAAAUUAACGGAAAGAUGCCUUUUGCAACGGAGGAUAUCCAUCGAUACGCACGAUUAUACAUUUUAAAAAUCAAAGACUAAAAAUUAAGUACCACUAACCUUCAGUUAUGCACGCUUCAUCAAUUUGAUUUGGUAAGCCCGUAAAUUUGCUGUCAAAAUUGUAUUGA